UAUUUGACUCCUUUGCUGACCCACCAAGGCCCUCUUCUUGCUGAGCGCCUCCCUCUCUGCUGUUCGCAUCUGGCUGACUGCUUGACUACCGACGACCAGCGCCAUUUAGCCACGAAUGGACGUCUAAUAAGUUCCGAUGUGCAUGGCUUUUUUGGCUCUACUGGCCUCAACGAAUCUGCCAUGUCAACUUCCUAUGUGGAAAGGCAGCUCGGGCCAGUUGUAAACGCCUAUACUUUGGAUACUGAAGAGAUCAAUUUGGCAGCUAAGGACUACAACACAAUCCUUUACGACUCUCUGAUUUCAAAAGGUUGUGCUGAUCCUAACGAUAUCGAGCCUCUUGGUCAAUCCUGCCCGACCCAUAGAUUAUCCAAACGCAAAUCCAGUGAAAAUCUACUCAAUCUGAGUGACUCACCGCCAUUGAGUCCUACAAGCGGGCUUAAUGCUCAUCCGUAA